GCUGCCUGUUUUGUUGACAUCCGUUUAUCAAACACACCACUGAAGCUUUCCUGACUGAAUAAUAAUAAUGGCUUCAGGUUACCGGAAACCAGCUUCUUCGGGAAGCCAAAGGAAAAAGGCAGGUCCCAAAAUCGAGCUGACUGAGGAGCAAAAGCAAGAAAUUAAGGAGGCUUUUGAUCUGUUUGACACAGACGGCACUGGGACAAUAGACGUGAAGGAGCUAAAGGUUGCCAUGCGGGCGCUCGGGUUUGAGCCAAAGAAAGAAGAGAUCAAGAAGAUGAUUGCAGACAUUGAUAAAGAAGGCUCUGGAACAAUCGACUUCAGUGACUUUCUCAGUAUGAUGACACUGAAAAUGAGUGAAAAGGACUCUAAAGAAGAAAUACUGAAGGCUUUUCGGCUGUUCGAUGAUGACAGCACAGGAAAAAUCUCAUUUAAAAAUCUCAAGAGAGUUGCCAAGGAGCUGGGUGAAAACCUCACCGAUGAGGAAUUACAGGAAAUGAUCGACGAGGCAGACCAAGACGGAGAUGGUGAGGUCAGCGAGCAGGACUUCUUGAGGAUAAUGAAGAAGACCAAUCUUUACUGAACCUGUUGAGUGUUACAGUCUCCAUCUGGCAUCUUUUUAAGAUUUGUGGUUCUAUGAGAACAGUUUAUACGGUAGCUUUUUUAAGUCCCUCUUUUGGGGCUGAUUUGUGAGUAGAUGUUUUUAACAUACUGUAUGUUUGCACAGAUUUUUCUACAAGACAAAUAAAUAUAUUUCAUCAUA